AUGGCGGCCGUGGCGAGCACGGUGGUUCACGAGGUGUUGGGUCCGAAUGUUCAGGAUGUGGACAAGCCUAUCGUCGACUACAUCAUCAACGUGCUCGCCGACGAGGACUUCGACUUCGGGGUCGAAGGGGAGGGCGCUUUCGAGGCCAUCGGGGAGCUUCUCGUCGAAGCCGGAUGCGUCCAAGAUUAUGAAGAAUGUCGUUCGGUAAGCAUUCAAGUUCAGGGUUGGGUUGUGCUUCGUAGGAUUGUUCCAAUAUCUAUUACAAUUUUCUGAAAGUUCAUCUUGUCUCGAGCAAAUUUUGGUGCAUGUCUGCAUAAUUAUCCAACUUCUGCGUGUUUUCUUCUUCUUUUCUUUCUUUGCAUACACCGGAUUGCUUUCAAGACGCGAGCAAGUUUUGGCAAUGUGUUUCUGCAUCCACUGCUUGAUGCUUUCUUUUGUUCCUUUCUCUUAUGUCAGGAUAGAUCUAAUUUUUCAAAGUUUGAAAUUUUGGGUUAAGUGGGAAAUUUUGAUUAUCUUCAUUUUAUAACGUGAGUUUUAUUUUGGUUGAGAAAAGGGCUAAUUGACUACGGAUUAUUUGGCGUGUAGAAACAUGGUAUCUGGUCAUGUGCUCUUGGGGUGUGACAACAUGUAACCUUUACUAUAGAGUUCAUGCUACUGGUUGUUGUUUGGAUGAUGCUUCUCGUGGAGAUAAUCAAAAUCUCUAGGUGUUAUUUGUGGGUGAAGUACCAUUUAAUUAGUAAGCUCUAGGUGUUUCUUUUGAGAGGCCAACCCACUUUGAUAGGAAUGUCUUCAUGAAAAGGCGAUCCCAUUAUUUUUUUUGAUUUCCAUGUCCUCGGGUAAGCUCUAAUUAUCUAGUAAAUGAGUAUAAUAGGAUAGAUAUUUAUUUCAUUAUAGGUUAUUUAUUUAUUUAUGCUAAGUUAUCGUUAUCUGAAUCUCAGUUUACUUUUUAGCUCAUCUUCUUUCACUAUUUGUUAUCGAAAUCACUCUUUACCAAUUCAUUGUAUGAAUAUCAACUGAUGGCAAUUUUUAUGUCUUUAACAUAUGUACAUAUGGAAUUGGUAGCCUAUUGUCAAUCUGCAUUUGGGAUUUUAGUUUCGUUCAUUUUUUUCUAUUUAAACUGUCGUCUAAGGAGAGAAAUAUGUUUCUGAUCAUAUCCUUAGAUACAUUUUUUGAGUCAUUUUUUCCCUCAAUUUUAUUAUUUUUUUAUGACGAUUUUUUUCUCUGAGGAAAAUUCAGGUCUGCAGCAAAAUCUUUGAAAAAUUUGGGAAGCACGGUCUAAUGAAGCCAAAGCAGACCGUACGAAGUCUUGCAAAUCCUGUCAGAAUGUUUGAUGGAAUGGAUGAAGACCAAACACCAAAGAAACAAGUCGAAGUGCUGGAUGGUCCUGUGCUAUCUGAACGUGAUCGAGCAAAGCUUGAACGGAAAAAGAGAAAAGAGGAACGCCAGAGAGAGGUGUGCUAAAUGAAUUCGUGUCAUUUAAUUUAUUGCCUACAAUUUACUAUUGGGUUCCAAGUCACUCAGUCUACUCUAUCGACAAUAUUCCUAUUGAUUUUUUUUUUCAUGGCUAUGAAUGUUAUGGAUUUCUGAGAUUAUCAGAAAAUAUAUACUUUGUGCAUUCUUUCCAUGCAAGAUUGGAAAUUUUGCAAUUGAAUUGUGUUUGCCAAUUAUAAAAUUUCUCGGAUGUGACGAUGCUUAGUUCUCUGCGUUUGAUCAUUGGCAUCACUUUUGGUUCAUGUAGGCUCAAUAUCAAAUGCAUCUGGCAGAAAUGGAAGCUGUUAGAGCAGGGAUGCCCGUAGCAUCUGUGAAGCAUGAGUCUGGUGAGAGCGGAUCAACUGUUAAAGAUAUCCACAUGGAGAACUUCACUGUCUCUGUUGGUGGCCGUGAUCUCAUUAGCAAUGCUUCAUUGACUCUUUCAUUUGGUAGACAUUAUGGUAAGUUGGUGAGUGGAUUUCUUUUCCAGGACAUGAGCAAUGCUUUAAAAUUAUCCCUGUGAAUGUUGUGUUUGUGAAAUUAAUGGACAGUUUGUUAUUCACCGUGCUAAACUUUGGUGUGACAUGAAGAAUCUGUUGCUAAGAAAAAUCUAUGUUUUAUCUUCAUGGAAGAAAGAUGAAGAUAUAUGGCCUGAUAUUACUUAAAUUCUGGUUCUAUUGUAUUUCCAUGCAUCAACGGAGUGCUCCUAAAGCAUUAUAUGAAAGGUUCCUUACGUCUAUUCAUUCACACAAUGUACGUUUGUCAAGCCAGGUGCCUACACACAAUGGCUCAGUUUUGCCUUAGCAUUCAGGUGUUGGUGGAAGGGAGAGGUGGUGAGUGCCCUUUUUGGCACCAAAAAGACAGCCCGUGAUCUCAUAUGGGCAAACCAGGUAUUUCAAGGGACCCCAGGUGGCUGCAUCCCGUUGUUGAGCCCACUGCUCAUGUUCUUGUAGGUUCAUACUUCAUGAACCUCUGCCGUCGCUGUCAUCUGUGCCAUUUUUAACUUGCACUAUUGCUUCCGGCAUUCUGUUGCUCUCACCCUUACAGUGGUCUUCUUCAUGCUCAUGCCUUGUACAAUCAUCAGCAGAUGUACCCCCUCCUAUCUUCUUCUCCUAUGCCCUCGCUCUCCCCUUCUCCCAUCCUCUUUAUCUGUUUUCUGUCCAAUUAUCAACUACCUCAUCCUUGAUCUCGCCACCUUCCCCCUUUGCUUUUACCCUCAUAGUCUCACUCUUCCAGCUUACGAUAAUCUCCCAUUAUCCUUGGACCUGGUCUAAUGAAAUUAUUGUCAGGGGUUUCUGACCAUGCUUUCCCUUUGAUGCUGUUGGAUUGGUAAUAUCUCUAAUUUCUUGUGUCUUAAGCAUUUUCAAAUCCUAGAUCCUGAUCCUCUCCUUCACCUCUUUUCUUUGUUCUCCCCGUGGUUUCACUCUCCUGCCUCCCUCUAGGGCCUUUCCCCUCCCUAUGCUCCAUUUCAUGGAUCUGCCUCCAUCAUGUCCGCAAUCUCUCUCAAUGCACCAUAAAGAGGCAUAAGUUGCUUCCAUGUCUUGACCGCUGUAUUUCUUUGCACAUCACACUGGCAUUCUGUAGGUUGCAUCAAAUUAUAUCUAUAUUAUAAAGUAGUUGUUUACGACCUUUAAAUUUCUUUCUUCAGUGUGGUCAAAUAUAUCAAUAACCAAUGGAUUAGUGUUUGAGUCUGAUUCCAUGAGCAACAAGGAAAAAAUUGUUUGAUACUAUUAUUAUCUGGAGAGGGCCUCGUUGGUUUACAAGUAGUGAGGAGAUACGGAAGGGGGGAUAAGAUGUUCAUUCGUCAAAACGCAAAUUCCUGUGCUUUGUGGGCAAGAAGCACAGCCUCUAGUGGUUUUCAAACCUUGACCAAAAUAUGUGGUUCAUAACGUAGGUUUGUUUUCCAAUUGGGUCCAAAGGGUGAAAAUCGUUGUUUUAGGCAAAUUUGAUGUUGCAUUCUUUUUUUUUUCCCAUAGAAAGAAUAUGAAAUGAAUGCCCAGCUGUUACUCAAAGCAACCUUUAAUAUAUGGACAGUUGCCUCCACUUGUUUACUUCACUCAAACAAAGUUGCAGAAUGUUUUUCAUUGAGAUAAAUUUACCUUUUGUUGAUUCGGGUUGCAUAAAACAUGCUUAAGUAGAGGAUUUUUGAAAAGAGGGAUUAUAAUUUCGGUCAAUUGGUAGUACAAUUUUCAAUUUGAUCAAUGUUCUCAAAUUUUCAAUUUCUGUGAUUGUUGGAUUAUGUGGACAUUGUGUUGUGGAUGUUGUGGAUACUUGACAUUGUGUUUUUAUUAACGAUGAAAGAGGAAGAAAUCGGUGGAAGACCUGAUUGUAGGGUCCAAAACUUGUCUAGGAAAUCCAAUACAAAUCUCGAUGGAGUGAACUCUUCCACACUACCCUAAAUGUGAUUUCUAAAGGGACGAUUUAAUAUACGAAAAUUAAACAGAGGUCAUAUAUUCAAUAUGUUGAGAGAAAAGAAAACAUACCGUUAGAAAAGCUUCAAAAUGUCAUGUGCGACUCGGACAUCCAGCACCCAACAUCUACGUUCUACCUUAUAUUUAGCUAUUUAUUUGUAGUGAUAAAUUUAACUGUUUUUUUAAUAUUUUCAAAAAUCUGGUAGCUAAUCCUUAUUUUUUGUCUCCUUAGUUUAGAUGACACUUCAAUAUUUUAUUUUUCAGGUCUUGUUGGCAGGAAUGGUACUGGGAAAACAUCUUUUCUGAGACAUAUGGCCUUGCAUGCCAUUGAUGGUAUUCCAAAAAACUGUCAGAUAUUACAUGUAGAACAAGAAGUUUCUGGUGAUGAUACAACUGCGUUGCAGUGUGUUCUCAACUCUGAUAUUGAACGGAUUCACCUCUUGGAAGAAGAAGCUCGUAUACUUUCAUUGCAGGUUGUCAGUGAAAUUUGCAAGCAUAUGCUUUCCUGCUUUCAUUAUUGACAUAUUUUGACUUGUCUUCUUUUUUUAACUGUUUUUCUAGAGAGAUUCAGAAUUUGAUGGGGAAAAGGGAGUGAUUGAUGGGAAGGUUAAUGGGACAACCGACAAAGAUGUGUUGUCACAGAGGCUUCAAGAAAUAUACAAGAGGCUGGAAUACAUUGAUGCGGACUCUGCUGAGUCACGCGCAGCGUCAAUUCUUGCGGUCCAUCCUUUGAUCCUUUAUACUCUGUCUUACUUGUAUGUCAUAGAGUUUUUUAAAAAGCUGCAGUCCGAAAUCAUUCACACACAAAUGUGAUCAUGUAAACUGCGUAUCUCUUUAUAUCUAAUUUCACGUGUCUUUAGUUGAUAUUUGCUAACAUGUACAAUACAGACAAUUUAUAGGUACAUGUCGACGGUUUAUCUGUAAUUAAUAUCUGGUUUUCACACUCAGUUUUAUGUGCAAUUGUGUCAUGACUGUUCUAAUUCGACGGGUAUGCAUGUCAACUCGGGAAAAGAGCAUUAAUUUUUGAUCCCUUGAAAAUGCUACGAGAAUAAUUACUUGGGAACUUCCCAUUAUGUAAUUCAUCCAGUGUCUGCAUAUCUAAUCGUUUGGAUUCCUUGAAUUUUUUUGCAUAUCUAACCAUUUUGUAUUUUCUGAAAAAGUUAUAUUUUCUGAAAAACCGAUUGAGAAAUUUGACUAGUUUCUCUGAUGAUUUGUUCGGUGAUGUGGCUAGUUGUGACAACCCUGCUGCUAUUCCUCAUUUUUAUAAUUAUGUUCAAAAAAAUUGCAAUGUUUUAGGGCCUGAGUUUCACUCCAGAAAUGCAACGGAAGCCCACGAAAGCUUUCUCUGGUGGUUGGCGCAUGCGAAUUGCUCUAGCUCGUGCUUUGUUCAUUGAGCCUGAUUUGUUGCUUCUUGAUGAACCAACGGUACUGCUCCACUGGGAUUUCUCAAAUUGGUUUCACUUUGAGGAUUGACCUAUUUUUUUAUUCUUUGCAGAACCAUCUUGAUCUUCAUGCAGUGCUUUGGUUGGAGACUUACCUUGUGAAGUGGCCGAAGACAUUUAUAGUUGUUUCUCAUGCCAGGGAGUUCCUGAACACGGUAUCCAUGCUCCUCUAGCAACUUGCAUUUCUUUUAAUUUUUUGCAGCUAAUGACAGCUUCACCUGAAUGGAAAAGAUGAAGAGCGUUAUUUCAUUUGAAGUUUAAUGAUCGCACAUGAACUCUUUAGGUGGUUACAGACGUCCUUCAUUUGCAUGCACAAAAAUUAACGGCGUACAAAGGUGAUUAUGAUACAUUUGAGAGGACACGUGCAGAACAGCUGAGAAACCAGCAGAAGGCCCUUGAAACAAGUGAAAAAGCUAGAGCACAUAUGCAGGUAACAUAGUUGUCUUUUUCCUUUUUUGAUACUUUAGUAACAUUUAACGGGAACCUUUUUGUUUUCAGUCGGAGUAAAAAAGUUUGAUUUGUUACUGUGGAUUUGGAUGAGGGGUACUGCCAAGUAUAGACACAAAUACUUUGAUGGAUGUUUGUUAGCAAAGGAUGUGGAAAUUCAAAUAUUUUAAGAUGAUAAAAGAGAUAGCCACGAUUAGUAUGAAGUAUCUACUUCUUGCAAUUAUAGCCCUUAAAACCUGUUCCACAUUUUAAGUUAUUUUUCAGCCAGUGCUGUCUCUGUUUCCUUGAAGCAUGAUUGGUAUCCUAUGCUCUAAGUCUGAUUAAGUUGGAGAUUGACCUGGUUCUGACCAUUUUCUUAAUGCCAGUGCACUGGGUCGUUCCUAACAGAGGAUGUUGCCUUGUAGCUAGUUGAUUUUGGAUGGUUGUGGCCUUUGGAGGAUAGAGAGUAUAAUGUACCGCCUGAGGCACAUUUUUUUAAAAUUUUAUUUUUGUAUGCCUGUUGAUUGAUUUGAAACUCGAAGCAAUGUGCCCAUAGCUGCCGAUUAACCUUUAGGCAGUCUGUAUGGUCGAAUAUUAGACGCUAGGUUUGGUGUAGUUAUUUUCUAUUAUUAAAAGCGCGACAAUUGUGUUGACUAGUCUUAAGUGUUGUCCUCUAAAUCCACCAUUCUUAGCUAAUACGUAACCUUUCCUACGAAGUUUGAAGCAAUUAUCUCUUGUAUGUUGAGGUUUUUUACAGUAAUAACACCACAAUCUAUCUUGUCGGACUGUUCCGAGGUAUUAACCUUCUUUUUUUUUUCGAGUUAUGGAUUUCAUUUCUUGCAUUCUCAACUUGAUAGCUUUUAGAUAGCAGAACUCUUUACUUUGCUCUUCUUAGUUAUCAUAGCAAAACUUUUAGAUAGUUGUGUCACAAGCAUAACAUUUUUCUUAGUUUUCUUUGCUGAAAUGAUGGAAAAGGUCUCAUUAAAGAUGGUAGUCUGUCCUUUGCUAACACUUGAACUCUUACUUGAUCAGAUUCCAUAUUUGGUCUUGCUAGAAAUAAAAAAUUCUCUCUCUCUCUCUCUACAAACUUUACUAGAGCUUUGGCAUUUUCACCACACUUCAUCUUAAGAUCUUGAUAAUGAUCUAUUUGACGCCAAAGACUAUUGAAAUAUUUGUAGAAUUCAGUAAUAGAAAGAUAACUUUGUGUUGCAGACGAUACUUUGCUUGAUGGAGUAUUCACUUGAAUGUCCCACACUGUGGGGAAGAACAAAAGAAUUUUAUAAAUCUCUAGCUGCAUUGAAUUUCAUGUCGAGGACAUGAUCAUUGAGUCCUCAUCCUAUGCUUGGAACCUAGGAUUUUUCUCACUUAGACUGACCUAUCUGUCUAAUCUUCCCUUUUUUCCUUCAAGAAUGUUCUCUCGAUCUGUGACCAUAACAGAAUAGUUUUUUCCGUUCCAGUGAUAUGUGGCAUUAAUGAUUUGUAACUCUCCACUUAAGUUCAUCGAUGAGAAUUCCGGGACAACUCCAACAGAGGUAGACACAUUGUUCUCAGACAACUCAAACGUCCUCGAACAGAACAGUCAGAACUUUAAUGAGGACCACGAAAAAAAUUGAAGGAAGAACAGAGGUAGCAAUGAGGGUCACGAUAUAUUUGAGGGAAAAAUAAAGGUGGGAAUAAAGACCUAUGGAGACAUUGGGUAACGAAAGAUUAGGGUUAAAAGUACCGGUGUCCUAGUUGCCGCUGCGGCUCUGAUGCGAUGAAGAAAGAAAUAAUUAUUCUCUACUUAACUGAAUGUAACUUUCACUAUAGAUAUAGAGCUGGGGGAGAGUUUCUCUCCUACUGUCUUUGAAAUUCCUAAAUAAGCUUUCCCAGAGAAAGACCUUACAAAAAAAUGAAAGCAAAAACACAGUAACAACUGAACAGAUCUUCCUGAAAACUCUCUAACUUCUCUAAGUAAAGAGAAGAAUACAUAUUAAGGGAAGGAGAUGUAUUUAGGAAUUCUGAAAAUAUGUCAUGAUAUUCAUCAAUACUUGGUGAUCUCAUGGGUUGUUUAACAUGUGCUUCUGUUUUUAUGCAGGCAUUCAUCGAUAAGUUCCGUUACAAUGCUAAACGAGCAUCUCUUGUCCAGUCAAGAAUAAAGGUGCAUGUUUCUAAUUUAUCUGCUUUAGGUUUUAACAGUCUUAUUUAAUCGAAUUGUACUUACCUGAGUUGACUGCUUAGCGUAGGAUCAACUCUAUGAUGGUUGUCUUAACGAUUUAUUUGAUCUGCAAUGAUGAAUGCUUACACUGAUUACGUAUUUAGGCAUUAGACAGGAUGGGUCAUAUGGACGCAAUUAUUAACGAUCCAGAGUAUGCACCGAAACACCUGCUUCUUUAUAUUGUCACUUCACUGAUUGUUAUUCCAUAUUGAUUAAACACAUUAAAUUAUUGUUUAUAUGCAGUUACAAGUUCGAAUUCCCCACGCCAGAUGAUAGACCAGGACCACCAAUUAUAAGUUUCAGGUUGGCUUUUUCUCUCUCAUAUCAGAUACUGUGAUAAAGGAUCAUCCAUUUUUUCUCUUUAUUGAUGAACCUUUUUUGCGUUUCCCUUCUCAAAUGAGCUUAAUAAUGAGUUUUCAGCACUUUGAAUCCCUUUGAACAUUUUUAUUAUAUAGUCUUUCUUAUUUGUCUGACCGAAGUAUUCUAUCGUACCUGAGGUUAUUUUUUGUCUACUUUAGUCAAUAAGAAGAUUAAUGAUAUACGAUAUGCACUAAGAUAAUUAGCUAUCAAGCUAUUUGAAAAUAGUUUGAAGAAAAUGCUCUUCAUUACAUUUACUUCCAAGUGAUUUGAUAAAAUUGUGAAAAAAUCGUUUAUAUACUGGUAGUUUGCAGUAGAUUGUGGAUAACAGCUGUGAUAAAUGCUUGGUCAUCUGGCUGCCUUGUUGCUCUCUAUUGAAGACUACUUUCUUUAGAAUAAGCUUUCAAGUUAUUUUAUAAUCAUUGCAAAGAUUAUUCAUGGUGCCGUAAAGUUUGCUUACAGCUGGUGAUCGAUAGCAGAAAUGAUAGAUAGCUAUAGUGGUUGGUGCUGUGACAACAGGGAAUGAUAUUAGCGGAUGGCUUAUGUCUACUAAGGCUCUUAGAGAGUUUUUUAAUUAUCAAUACAAAUUAGGCUUCUCCUGGUCAUUUAAAUUUUAUGGAUAUCUUUAGGAUAUGGUUCUUCUUUUUUGAACAUGAAAAAAUCGUUAAACCGCCAGAGACGGAAAUGAUGUAAUUCAGAUAUUAUGUCUCAAUCAAUGUGUUAUGAAGUGCCACCAUAUAUGAACAUCCAGGGAUGCUUUCGAUAAGAUUGCAACCACUUUAAUUUUCUUCCUAAAGAGUAGGCAUAUUUGCUUCACGUCUGACUUAAUUUCAUGUACUUUUUGUCAAGAAAAGCAGCAUUCCUCAUGUUUUCGUGUCAGUCAAUUGUGGGAUUCUGACAACGAUUCCUGCCAUGCAUUUGUCUGACAGUGAUAAUAUUUUGAUACGUCUCUCCCUUUGUAUGUGUCUGUGUAUAUAUGUAUAUACAAAUUAAUAAAUAGAAAUAUUUUUAGGAACACAGUCAUGAUUCUCUAGUGCGUUUUUGCAGUGAUGUAUCUUUUGGUUACCCUGGAGGUCCUCUCUUGUUUAAGAAUCUGAAUUUUGGUAUUGAUCUUGACAGCCGUAUUGCAAGUAAGGAUUUACCUUUUUUCUUUGAUUUCUUGUCCUUGUGUUUUUCUUUUUUCCUACUCAUAGGUUUCUCGGAUUUGUUUUUUAUCUUCCAGUGGUUGGACCUAAUGGCAUUGGAAAAUCAACCAUACUUAAGCUAAUAUCUGGGGAUCUUCAACCCAGCUCUGGAACUGUCUAUCAUUCAGCUAAGGUGACUGUUUUAUUGAGUUCAUGGACAUGUGAUUCUAUUGGUUAAGCUGUCUUUAUUGCGGGUUUGGAAAUUAUCUGCUAAUUAAUUUUGAGUGCUACCAUUUUAUUCUAUGACAUGCAAUGCAGGCGAUCGUUUUGUUGCCUCAAGAAACGAAUUUUUCUAGAAACUCUUGGAAACCUGUUCAACUUAGGUGCUGAUGCUCCGAUUCACUGGUUGAAAUUGAAAACUCUUUAUAAAAAAUUCAAACAAGCCCUUUAUUAAGCGAGUGCACGAUGAUCCAUACAUCUAAAUAGGAAUAGUUGUCUGUAAAUCAAAAUCGAGAUCAAUAAGCCAGCAAGAGGUUUUCUCCUUCUUGGGUCAAGGACACAGGGGAUCCACUAGAAGUCACUUUGAGCUUUACUCGAAAUCCUGCUACUGAUUUAGCUAUUGGGAGUGAGAGCUUCCACUUACUGGCUACUUAGGCCUAUCCCUUGUUUAGAGAAAAUUCGAUUUUCAUCCCUGGAAUCAAAUGACGAAUGUUUGAAACUCUUGAGGGUUUUGAUCUUUAUCUUGUUGAAAGUUUGAUUAAAUUUCAAACAGCUGUUAGUGUUGAAAUCACGAAAUAGUUAACCGGAGCUUUAUUGAACCCCAUUCGCUAAUAACAUGGCAGAGGACUGGCUUACAAGAAGGUUAUCUGUCACGGAUUGAGAUUUGACAGGAGCAUGCGGCCAUAUAAGCUUAAUAGUCGAAGCCUGACUGACCUUAUUUUUUUUCCCCCCUCAUCCAAAUGAAGAAUGAAAAACAGUCGAUGACGCUUUCCUUUGGUCAACGCGGUUUAAGUUCUUUGGUGAGAUUGUUGUCAUUCUUCCAAUGCCUAACUCUACGCAAAAGAUGUGGCUACAAGGUUUUGCUUUCUAGCUCAGUAUCAUUACCUUAGUCCCUAAAGAAGAAAAAUAAACAAAUAAGGUUGAAACUGUCUGAGAUACUUGGCUCUAUUGGAAUGGGUGAAAAUUUUCUGGAUAUAAAAAGAACCAGUCAUUAUGAAAGGGGUAAAAUGAGGUAAAUUUCAUUAGAUGAAAUGGCGAUGUAAGGCCUGUCCCUAUCUAUGAUACGAAGUUACUAGGGACAAUGAAAUGGCCAUGCGGGGAGAAGAGAGUCCGUUUAGGUCUUGCAUAAGCUGCUGCACCUGUGCUAUGUUGCGCCCGGAGAUUGAGCUGGAUUCUAUUGCAUUUCCCGUCAGCUCAGUACGUUUGAGAGGUUAUUUCUUGUUUGAAUGCAACGGGUAACAUCCCGGGUAAAGCGAUCUGGGUGGGUGGGGGUUGGACUCUUUGGAUAACUAGUAUAUGCUCUUUGUAUGCUUAAAUAAUAUAUCAUGGAGUGAAAUGGCUUCGUUUUGAGCCUCUGUUUGGAUCAUGGAUGGCUAUCUGGGUGGAUGGCUUGCAUUGGAAUAGGCAUCAUUUUGGUGAAACCCAAUAGAAAAUGUUGAGAAGUGUAAUGGAUGGGAGUGAACGUGGCUUUGGCCAUCAUCUGGAUCCUUAUGAAUUUGCACGUGGCUCUCAUCCUUUUGAGGUGGGCAUUCUUUUUUAACUUUUGUAUUCUUCUAAUAUUCCUUCAAGAUUAAGAAUCUGUUCAUAUUCACUGAUUUGUUUAUUGCAUUUCUUUUCUUCUUUUCUUGCUUGUUGCAUAACAUCAUUAUUUUUUUUCACCGUCUAUUGAUGAAGUAAUAUGCGGUACUUUAGUGGGUCUUAUCAUUAUGUACUUUGGUAAUAUGUCUUCUCUUUGUUAAUCUUCUAUUUACAGGUUCGUAUGGCUGUCUUUAGUCAACACCAUGUUGACGGCCUUGACUUAUCAUCAAAUCCCCUUCUUUAUAUGAUGCGCUGCUACCCUGUAAGUAAAUGAUUUUGCCUUUGUGUUUCAUACUCUAUCUAGAAUUGCCUCAGUUUCUUUCAUGCGGUGUAAAUUUUUGGCUAUUCAAGAGAGAAAUAUGCAUUUUUAGAAGGUUAUAAAACUUCAAACUAUUUUCUCAUAGAAGAGUUCAUGGUGUAGCCUGUUCUUGGACUUACCCGUGAGAAAUGCUUGAGUUUCUCCCUUUAGAGGCCUCCUUCGCGAAAUGCUACGAAGGCGGCUUCAGUAUUCAUGGCUUCCUUGUAUUGUUUGUCUGCACAGAGAGGGCGAUUUUUAAAUAAAAUCUAGUCGUAAUGGAUCACAUUAAUGUAUAAAUUUCAACUGAAGAGACUAUAGAAAUGUCCUACGAUGAAGCAUGUCAGUAGUUUUCUUCCCAUUCAGGUGCUUUAUAUAGAAGAAAUUCUAUGCUGCCGCUUAGGCAAAUGUUUUUGUUCUAAUCAAACAAUACCCUCAGUGGAUCAAGCUCCAAGCUGAUCGCUCCAAAUGCCUCGGAAGGAAAGAGGAGCUUCAAGCCCAAUCAAGCUUUCCACCUUGCUAGGAUUGUAGAGACGACUUGGCAACAGCACAAGGGUCAACUAGUCCACUAGGUCAAUCUACUCCAUUUACUUGCCUGUCUGCUCUCCGAUCAUAUUCACAACCAAGUUGGAACCCCACGAACCCCCCCAGUCUUCAUGAUGAAAUAACCUUCUCCCCUGUUCCCUGUCCACCUCCAUGGCUGACUUUGGUACCCAUUAGCCCCAUCUGACCCCAAUCGUUUUGUCAUUGCUUCAUGGUUGACCAUCCAGCUUUGGCUGACUAGAAUGAUAGUUAAUUCUGUAUUGAUCCUUAUCUUUUGUAAAGUUAGCUAUGUUCAGUAAUCAUUUGAAUGUUGAGUAUGUCCCUGCUCUGGCGUGUUCUAUGGAUUGUGACAUAAUCUGAAAGCUGCUUAGUUUCUGUAAACGAUGAUGAGGACGAAACUGAGCUGGCCCAAACUUGGGCGCUCUACGUACGAUGUACACCCCAUCAGAUACAUAUCGACUUUUGUCUUAUGGAUCCAACAUUUCUAUCUAUCUUGUCUCCAAGAUAGAGAGAAAGAGGAGAUUUCCCUUCUUAUGGAAAGAUUCCCUUAUUGAAUGCUUUUCUUUUUUUCAAUGCCAGUUUGAGAAAGAUGUGUCGUCAAAGAUCCUCCUCCAAGAAAAAAAGACUUAAAUUUGUAGUUCACUUCUUGCAGGGGGUGCCUGAACAGAAGCUUAGAGGUCAUUUGGGCUCCUUUGGUGUUACAGGCAAUCUGGCCUUGCAGCCAAUGUACACCUUAUCAGGUAACUCUCUCUCUCUCUCUCUCUCUCUCUCUCUCUCUCUCUGAGAGCAAGCUCGAAUGUAUUUUGGGCAGCCUUUUCUGUCUUUAGAUUUCUCUCCGUCCCAUUUUACCAUGGUACUGACAUGUGUUUUAACCUUGGGUGCAAUUUCAGGCGGUCAGAAGAGCAGGGUCGCAUUCGCAAAGAUAACAUUCAAGAAACCUCACAUAAUUCUGCUUGAUGAGCCGUCCAACCAUCUCGUGAGUAUACAUACAUACAUACAUACACUCUUUUUUCUCUUUUUUUAAUGCCCUUUUCUUUCGAAUAUUUAUUUAUUUAUUUAUGGGGAUUUUAGGAUCUGGAUGCCGUUGAAGCUCUGAUUCAGGGGCUCGUCCUCUUCCAGGGAGGCGUGCUGAUGGUAUGCAUCUCCUUGAGCGCUUCCCUCCCUAUCUAAGAUAAAUAUGUUCGCCUUUGUUGUGUACAUAUUCUCAUCCUCGUUCUUGUUGGUGGGCCCAUUUCUCGUCUGCUUCUUCAGGUGAGCCACGAUGAGCAUCUCAUAUCGGGGAGCGUUGGUGAGCUCUGGGCCGUGUCUGAUGGCAAGGUCGCGCCAUUCCUUGGGACCUUCCAGGAUUACAAGAAGAUGCUCAAGUCCGCUUGA